AAAAGAGAGAUAUAUGUGAGCAAGAGGGGAAAGAGAGAAGGAAAACAGACGGAUGGAAAGGGAAAAAGAGGGCGAGAGAGCUUUGUUGGAUACAUGAGUGAGGCAGAGAAAACAGAGAAAAGAGAGGUGUGAGAGCGUGGAGGAAAGUUUGGCACACAGACAGACGGAGAGGGGGAAGAAGGGGGCGCUUGUUUCCUCCCCCUCUCCUCUCCUCUCCUCUUCUCUCCUCGCCUCUCUCCCUUCGGCUUUAAAAAGUAAAACAGCUCUUUGAAGAGGAGGAGAGGGGGGCCGUCCUGUACUCCUAUCCAGCUCGGACUGUAAGGAGCGUUCAGAGAGCCACAGACGUUAACCCAGAUCUGACACAGAGCCGAGGAGCUGACAGAGCGCAGGCAUGAACGACAUCAAGCUGGCCCUGCUGGGGAGCCCGGGGGCCGGGAAAUCAGGUGAGAGGCUACGAGAGGUUUCACGUUUAAUACAGCUCUUUAAAAAGUACCUGCAGUUCAUCAGCUAACAUCUCUGUGCUGUGAGAAAGAUGUUUAUUCACUUAUUUUGCUCACAAUUUUGUUGAAAAUGCAGGAUUUCAAUCUUGAAAAAGCACUUUAUAUGUCAAUUCCAAAUUUUUUUAACCUGUCUCCGCGUAAAAAUACUCAAACAGCUGACAUUUUGAUUGGCUGGAAAAUAACCUUUAAUAACAAAUAAGUCUCAAGUAACAGUUUUGGACAGUGUGUGACAAAAUGUGACAAUCUGGAGGAUCUCAUACUAAUUGGAAACAGCAAUCAAUCCUUUACGAUAAGUACUUUUUGAUCAACAAAAACAGAGGAAAAAGUUCCUAAGUUUCUGUUUGGCAUGCUGAGUCAUAUCUUUAUUCUCUUGCUGACACUUCAAAACAUCUAUAAAAUCACAUUUCUAACAGCAAAAAGCAAAGAACAUCUGAAUUUCUGAAUGGUAUGAUGAAAAAAAUAAAGUAUUUCUGCUGUGUUUUGAUAACAAAAUUGGAUUAAGCAAGAACCUCCAUGUCAUAAGGGAGUUGCAUAUUUAGUUUCUGUUGAUUGAUUCAGUUGUUGAUCUUGGAAAAUGACUUCAUGAUUCAGUUUCAGAGUUUCCUACCUGCGCUGAAGUAAUAACACCCAAACAGGCUUCAUUUCAACAAUCUGGAGAAUAACUUUUGUUUACUACUUUAGGUUUUAAUCUACUAAACAGUUCUGGACUUACAGUUUUAGACCAGGAUGUGAUAAAAUGUGACAACCUGCAGGACCUAACACCUCCUUAAAACCUCACAAAGUCCAUUUUUCCUACUUCUACAUAUGUUUAUGAAACAAAAAAUCAUUAAUUAGGGAAAAAUGCCUUAAAAUUUUGAAGUUGCGUGUUGAGUAAACAUCAAGAAAAUGUCAUUUGUGAUGGUUGAGAUCUACACAUCUGCAUGGACAAGCUGAAAAAGAAGUGUUUUUGUUGUGUUGUGAUCACAAAAAUUGGAUUCAACAAGACUAUUUUUUUCAAGUUCCGUAUUUAGUUUGUUAGUUAAAUAAACUUGCUUGAUUUACCCUGAAAACACUCAAAUUGAACUUAUCAAUGGGGGGUUUCGUUCUUAUAGAUCCAUGUGAUUGAAUGUUUACACCCUCUAUUUUAAAGCUCCUGUGGGUAACUUACAGUUUGCGUUGAUUUUGGCACCCCCUGUGGACAGAGGGGUUUCUGCUGAUUUUGUUCUAUAAAUUUUAAGUUAGUGUUUCAAGAAAAAAUAAUUUAUCCUGCUCUCUUUACCAAGCUGUUUUAUCACCUCUUGAAUAACAGUUGUUGAAAUCAUGCAGUUAAACUUAUCGCUGACACCCACCCCCCACCAUCAGUUUCAGACAUAAAACUAGUUAAUCUUCUUGUUAGUGGUCUUUUUUUGCUAUUGUGGGUUGUAAAGACAUAAUAUUAAUUUCAGUCAGUUUGGUAUCAGCUAAAAAAAUUCUCACAGGAGCUUUAAAUCAAAAGGAAAGCCACCUCUAUCUGCAGCAACUGUAUGUUCAUCCGUUUUAGGUGUAAUUUAAAGGAAAAAAAACAAAGGAACAUUGUGUAUUUUUGAGAAAUUUUGUAUGUUAGAUGCUGUUUUGAUGACCUGAGAUAACAUAAAAUGUUAAUUUUUCUUUUUAAUGAGACAAAAUUAAGACAUUUUUUAUCUUCUGUCAUGAUACGGUAUCUUUCCAUGAGCUUUUUUUUACUUCAGGAUUCAUUUGACAGAAAUCUACAUGUCCUUUUAAACUCACAGCCACAGUUAACUGCAGCAUUUAAAGGUACUUCAGAUAACUAAGAAAAUUUUUUAAACUCUCCGCUUAAACUGUUUUUAUUCUCAGAAAUCUGUUCAUGCCGUUCGAACGAUAACAGAACAAUCACUCCAACCUGCGGCUUUAUUAAUAACAUCCCGCUGUUUGACAUACUUUCCUCUUUCUUUUCCUGCCGUUCGCUCCAAGUGGAUUGACCUUUGGAUUAACAUGUGUCACUGCUCUGAGUCAGCUGAAGCUUUUACCCUGAGAAACUUCAAUUGCUUGUGUUUCCAUUAACUUUGUUGAAAAACAUGUGCCUAAUGGGAUACGGAGCCCUCUUGGUUGAGUAAGUUGGGAUGUAUGGCGAACAUUAAGUUCACUUAAACUGGUCUGAUGUUUCGGCUUUAGCAUUGUGAUCCACAGUCCGAUCAGGAGGUGGCAGAAGGUGAUGUGACUUUGUUGAUGAAGAACCAGAAAUAGGUUUUAAUAUGUAUAAAAAUAGACGCGUUCAUUGAUGGUGGGCCUUAUAAUCCGGUGCGCCUUAUAGUGCGAAAAAUACGGUAUACUUGAUCUGAAAACUUUGAAAGUUGAAAAAUGGACUUUAAACUGUGCAGUACCGAGUCUUGACAUAAAGUUGUCUAUUACUAACUUUUACCUAUACAGGAUGAAACCUCAUAGACGUAUCAUUGAAUAAUGGCCAAUGUGCUUUCAAGCAAAUAUGGAGCAUGGCCGAGGAAACUGAAGCUAAUGCCAAUAAAAAAAAUCAGUUCCUUGAGUCACCACUAGGGACAUUUUUAAAAAAUAAAAUACAAGAAAAUGCAAAACGACUGAAUAUUUAAUUUUCACUGAGCAGAUAUAGUGAUUAUAAUGGAAAUAAUGUGAAAUAAAGGGAAGAAAUGUGGUUUUAAAACCAUCAAACGAACUAGAAGGAAGAAUUUAAGAUCAGCUUUUAAUGAAAGUAUUGGUUUUGACGAAAAAGAAACUACUGGAGACUAACCUGGGCAUUUAUGGAGGUUGAAUGAGCUCAUAAAAUAUGAAUCCAGGGAGAUUUAUAUGAAUGCAGGUAAAGAUCAGAUUUUUCAUGCAGAUCAGAUCUGGUUUCAUGUUAUGUAACAUUUUAACGGCUCCUUCAUUUCUUAGGGUUGAACUGAAAUAACCAGAUUAUUUUCACCCUCCAGUCUUUUGGAAAGUUAAAACUCAUCCGUCACAGAGAUGCCUGGCUCGGCUGUGUUGAACUCAUUCUUGGCCUCUAUGAAAGAAAAUCUGUAUUAUGCACCUCUUCUGACUCUUUCUCGCCACAUUCCUGCUCUUUAUUCAGAGAAAAAUGCUGUUUAAGCAGAGAAGGAGGAGUUAUAGGACCCUUGUUGCUGUUUGGGGUCUCCUUGUUUCUAUCAGUGUUCGGUCUGACUGGCUCUGCGCUGUGUUUAAGCUCCAUAAAACAAUGGGACGUCUGCGCUCUCACAGUCCUGGCAGUGAGGUGGAGCUGUUACUGUGGAGAUACUGAGGUCUCUGGGGGCUUCAUGUCCUUAUGUGGCUGGUUUUUAUGUUUUCCUGCUGUAGACUCCUCUGGUUGCUGCAUUUGGUGCAAAAUUUUGUGUUUUACUUGACAAAUAUGUGAGGCAGGCCCUGAAACUGAAGGUUGGUUUCAGUGCAGCUAAAACAUCCAAUCAUUUUUUAACUCAAACUUCCAGAGCUCCAACAUUGUAUAUGUUGAAUUUUGUUAUUUUCUUAACGAAUGCCUGCAUGACUCACUCAGAGAGAGCCACAUCCAUAUUUGCAUGACCUUUUAAACAAAGUAAAACCCCUCAGAGACCCCUGACCACCAUCAACAACAAACCUCAAGCAUUCAUCACAUGAAACUUCAGCCUUAAAUUGUGACUGAUUGAUUCGGAGACCAGAACUGGCUAUUUAAUAUGAAGCUGGCAGUCUGGAGCUGAAACAGAGGGGGAAAUAUAACCAUGCAUGUUUCCAAAUAUGCACGCAGGUCAUCCAGAGAAAGCCGCUCAGCCACGUAAAUGUGAGGCUACAGUUUCACCGCAGAAAAUCCCAGACAAGGUCGGCGCAGCGCUUGGCCUGCAGGAGUAAAUCAGGGUCGUUUUACCCCCAGCGCUGCCACCUGUGAGGCAUGAGUGUGGAGUGAUGCCAUGAGUCAUUUUGUGGGUUUUCUCUUUGUCUGUUUCUUCUAGCUGUACUUGUGCGGUUCCUGACCAGACGCUUCAUCGGUGAAUAUGCUUCAAAUGCCAGUAAGUGUUCCCAGAUUUGAUGAAUGAUGAUUUGAUGGAGGUUUGGUUUCAAAAUAGAUGCUUAGUUACCCUUUCCCGUGCAUUGCUGGAUACUUUUUCAUAGUUUUUCUCUGUAGACAAAAGUAUUUUUAAAAACAUCUCUAUGUUUUGGGGUUUUUGUUCAUUUGAAAACACACUGAAACUCGUGCUUCAAAACCUUAAAGGGUCAGACUUUGAUUUUUAGUUUUGUGCAGCGGUGUUGGUUCUUCUGGUUCUUCUGGGGCGCUCGCCAAAUUUCUUUUGUGUUUUUCCGCCUCUGCAUCUGUUUGAACCCUCCCCCUCAGUUCCUCAUUAUGACAGCAUCUCCACCCACUCAGAUCACUGCAUGGCCGAUGAGGAUGGAAACUAAGAGGCUGCGGAUCAUCGAAAGAGGCUGAAUUUUUGAUUUUAAGGACUCAAACCACGACUUACGCAGCAUGAUAGAUAAAUUAAGUGUGAUAUAAGUGGCCAGAGAAUGAAUACCUCAUAUCAUUUACCAUUUUUAAGUCUUAUUGUGCUGUCCGAUCAUCUGAUUAUUACAGCACAUAGGUAAAACAGUAAAAUAGUCCAAGAGUGAUAAAAAAGGGUGUUCGUUUUCGUUGCUCUGUCAACGUUUGUGUCCUUCAUUUCUCUAAACCUCGUCCUGAUCUGCUUAUGGGAGACAACUACAUGUUAUGUUCAUGUCAUUCUACAUUAAAUUGCUAUGUUCCCUCCCAACGCCAGUAUGGAAGUCACAUUUUUACUGUUGUUUCCCAUACACUUUUAUAAUAAACUGAGAUUGUCGUAUUUUUCACUGUUUCUCUCCUUUGUUUCAGAUUCCUUGUACCAUAAAAGGCUGUCCAUUGAUGGCAGGCAGCUGAAUCUGGAGGUUUUUGACCCCUGCUCUCAGGUAAAUCAAACCACUAACUCACUUUUAUUGUCAAAAAAUUAAUUAGAAAAGCAGACGACUGUUUGAGCGCACUAGUUUCCUCCUUUAAUUCUGAGGACAGAUAAGUUAAACAAACGAGAAUCUGAUACUCAUGAUUACUUUUCAAGAAAAUACACCAAAACUCUCAAUUUGAAGGUUUUAUAUGCUGGAUUUUUGCAUGAUUUGUGAUGAUUAUAUCUUUGUCUCAUCAAUCAUUAUUGCUAAAGAUGGAAACCUGUCCUCCCUGAAACUCCAGUGGGAAAAGUAAAGCUCUCUCGUUUUCAGAAAUAUUUGAAGAUUAUUCACCGCGGUUUAAAGAAUUUUUAGAGCCCAAGUAUGGAAGAAAUUUCUGAAUUCACCCUCCGGCUGAGGUGAAAGCCCAAUAAUUUCUAGUCUGUAAAAACCACACAGUUUUCAGUCUUUUCGGGGAAUCUGCAGCACAUGCUUACAACCCUGAAUGAACCGUGAUCAGAUGUUUACCUUCGGCCGGCACGUGUUCGAUUCAUACAGCACUUAAAGUCAGGAAUCUGAAGGCUUUAUGAGAAUAUCCCGGGGCGAUGUGUACCAAACGGCCGCCUCUUUGAAGAACAGAGACAUAUUACCUGCUGUCUUCUCUUUCAAGAGCAAAGAGGCCUUUUUACUGCAGAGUUUGGCUUUUUAUUGGCAUACUCCUCCAACAAGACGAGAGCCGCUCAUUGUCUUUGUGGGAUAAACUCGCUGUAACGCUCACUCUUUCAUAAAAAAACACUUGUUCACGUCCUGCCCUCCUGACCUGCUCUGCUUAAAGGAACUAUGGAGUCAAUAAAGAGGAAGGUGGAGGAGGUUCAGACGUGUCCUCAGGCCGAUGUUUGUGUCUCCACAAGGUCACCAAAACGUGUUCAUGGCAGCAAAAACACAGACACGAAGGCUGUUCUCCCAGUAGAUGGCUGUCUAACAUGAGUCUGGUUCUGCUCGAUGGUUCUGCCUGUCAAACUAAACUCUGCAAACUGUUGCAAAGAGCUAAGGACAUCUGUCAGGGUGUUGCGAGGCCUUGCUGAUCGUUCACUAUUACACACUUUACACAAGAUUAAACAAUCAAUUUUUGCAAAUCCUUCAUCUGCCAGAUCAGACGAUAAUCUCUUGAAGGAUUUUCUGCUUUCUGUCAGGUCUGGGCUAUAGGAGAGGAACAGUAAAGAAGGCCAUGGCUGGGCACUGAGAGGUGUUUUGUUCUUGGUGCUCUGAAGAAAUGUGGAUUAUAAAAGAGGGCAGGAUUAAAUCUGCUGUAGCUUCAACAUGUAUUAAUCUUUUCGCUAAGGUGCUGGGUAUUAAGUUUCACUUUUACAGCUAAGGGGCCGAGGACUUUUGGAGGCCACCUCAGCACUGAAAUGAAGCUCCACUGUCACUACGCCGUUGCUGAACCCAUUCGAAAGCAUAUGUCUAGUGGUUGUAUGAGUCGUACUUUUUGACGUAAACAGUACCAUGAGUUUUUCUUUCCUUUAGUCAGCGGACUCAUUUGUCUUACCUGCACACUCGUCAUAAAGGCCUCAUGGAUGCGCCAAUAAAACCACGUGCUAUGUUGUCCUCGGCAGAGCUCAGAGGCCAGGUGUAUUCUGGAGGAGCCGGUGGAUUGGGCCGAUGGUUUCGUGGUCGUGUACAACAUCAGCGACCGCACUUCCUUCAUCAACGCCAAGAACGUCCUGCGGCAGAUUCGAGAGGCUCGUAUGGACAACUGCAAAGGGUCAGAGAAAACACACAGCGGAGGUUUAUUUUUCUAAAAAGUAGAAAAAGAACAACUGCUGCAUGCCAGCGGUGGGUUUAAGGAAAUUAAAACAUGGAGGAUCACAGCAGCUGCCAGGUUAUUAUCUCAACCUUCUCCUCAAAAUUUGAGCUGGAUGAUGUAACAAACUAUAUCCUGUUCUGAGGCUAAAUAGCUUCAGCAAAUAUUGUCUUUGAUUUAGGCGCCACAUGGGGCUUACUACACUCAGGAUUGGGUUUCUGAGUGGAAACAAUGUCAGGAAUGUGUUCAAAUUGAACUGAGAAUGUGAUAUUAUCAGUUUAAACAAGCUGAGUGAGAAUUUCAAGUGACAAAUAUCCAACAAUAAAAAGAAACUUUCUUGUUUUGGGAGAUAGAAAUGCAGUUUUAGCUUCAUAAUGGGGUUUAGCAAGAGAAUCGCCAACACAUGGGCCUCAAACCGCAUUUCAACAUUCAAUUCUUGUAACCGAAGUGAGUUUUUUUAGGCUGACAAUAAACGAACUGUGGAGAUUUAUGUACAUCUUAAGGUAUUUUAUCCUAAUGUGCUGUAAAAAGGACAAAACAGACUAAAAUGUCCUCAAUCUGUCUUGAAAUCGAGAAGUGCUGGAGGUCCAAACAGCGAUAAAACUGAAGACUGGCUCAUGAUAAAAAAGUGAGGUAUUCAAUCUUCCACCCAAAGGCCUUUAAUAAAUUCAGUUUCUAAUAAAAAGACACCCCAUCAGGUGGUCUGCCUCGGGCCAAAGCCUGCUAAUAACGAGGAGGGGAGAGAUUUAUUAUGUUAGAGACAGUAUGUGAGCAUAAGUGAGGAUCAGGGAAUGUUAAUGGAGAUAAAGACUGGAAAUACUGGACUCACUUGUUAAUAAGAGGGUUUAAAUCAAAUAGGAUCAGCCAAAACAGAAAUGAACACUUUUUUAGGAGUUUUUUGGGGGAAAGUUGAUGUGGAUUUUUUGCUUACACAUCUCAUAACUUUAUUUAUAUUUGUUAAUAAGUAAAAUAGAGUUUCAUCAGUCAGUGCCUGAGUAAAUGAACCCAGUUUGUCCACCCAGAACCAAAGCUCUGCUCUGAUUCUACCUGUACUAUCACGUUAAUCAAUCAUGUCUAUAAAAUCAGUUCAUCAAAGUUCUUGGAAAAAGAAACUCUGGGACAUAAAUCAGUGUGAUAAAAAACUGCAACGAUGGAAACAUGUUUGGGCUAGUCUGCCUAUUCUGCAGCUGGCCACCAGAGGGAGCUCUAAACAUUUUGGCUUCAUUGUCCAUUUAACCUAAGAGUCUAUCAUGCCAUUGAUAUGAUUGUACAUCCGCCCCCUCCUCAUUGAAACUCUCUGUGUUUCAGGGAGGUGGAUGUACCCGUGUGUCUGGUGGGUAACAAGCAGGACCUGUGUCACGCCCGGCAAGUCCGUGAGGAGGAGGGCCGCUAUCUGGCUCAGGAGAACCGCUGUCACUUCCAGGAGGUCUCAGCAGCUGAGAGCUACCAGGACAUCUCCAGCCUUUUCACCCAACUCAUCCGGCAAGUGAUGGAGCACCUGAAGUACAGAGCCGAUCGCAGGCGCUACAGCGGCUCCAAGUCCAUGGCGAAGCUCAUCAACAACGUGUUCGGCAAGAGGAGGAAGUCAGUGUGAUGGUCCCAGAGAGCUGGGCCGAACCCUAGCCUUUUUGGUGCCCUAGGCAAAAUUACCCAGCGCCCAGAGAAAGAGGACGUCUGGUCACCGGACAUUAGCGUGUUAAGCUAAUGCUUACUUUAUUUCAAUCUAGCUAGCUAAAACAUGCUCUUUACACAAAAUGAUAUUUUAUAAAAUAUGUUGACAUAACUUUACUUUAAUAUUUGGACUCCUUUUCCUCCUCCUCUUUCCUCCUUUCCUGAAACUGUGCGCCCAAGAGCUUAGCUGUCGCUUUCAUGAUGAAAAACUUGUAAAUAAAAUCACCCAUCCUGUUCUGACUCGCUCGCUGACUUGAGAUGCGCCCCCACAUCAGGUGACUUGCCAAGUGACAAACAUAGUUACUUUAUCUUAUUUUAUUUGUUAAUUUCAAGACAGAAAAGUAAAGGGGGGCGCCGGUGGGCAUCAUAAAUUAUUUUAUCUUCAUUUUUUUCCCAAGGGGGAGGGCGCUGGCAGUGCGCCCCUCUGACAGAUGGCGCCCUAUUCGCCUAUGCCAAGGGAUUGCCCUGGAUAGAAAAAAAUGUCUCUUUAUUAAAAAAUAAAUAAAUAAAACCUCUGCUAGGCUAUAUUAGCAACCCAACUUUUACAAAAGCAGCUUGCUCAGACUUACAAAAACCAACUAACAACAAAUAUCACAUCUUUAGUUUUGUUCUUCAUCCUAGUGGCCAGAUUUGGUGGCUCAAUAAAAAACAAUUAAAAACCAGGACGUUUUCAUCCCUUUACAAUAAACAAAAGAUAAAAUUCUGUCCUGGUGCUUCAUUUGAUGCAUUAAUAAGUGUAACCUCCACCGUUUACCAAAAAUUUACCCCAAAAUAUCCCUGCUGACCAUCCCCUCAUACAAUUUCUCCGGGAAAUAUAUUAUAAACUGUGACAGAAAGCACACAGGACUGGACCUCAAUCUGAAAAUACUGUGGGGAAAAAAAAGGAUGAAAUAUCUGGUUGAAGCCAGGAGGGGGCGACAUUUGGCAAACUCACAUACAUGAUCAGCUUGAAGUGAAACGGAUCUGAGAGCAUGGGGGGAUUGAACUUUUACACAAAACUACCACUAUUUAUGUUUAACACUUUCUUAAAAAUGCAUAAGAUGACAAUCUAGCAGGCAAUGGGAGAAGUAUUGGGAUGUUAAAACUGUAAAAUUUACAACACAACUGUGUGUAGAAUUAUUUCUUAAAGAGUAAAAUUCCUUUGCUCAAAAUCUGUAUGUCUGUUAUAAAAAAAUGGCAUCAGCAUCUUGACUUGACUAAAGUACUUAAUGUAAUAACAAAUAUAAAAAAUAAUUUUAUACAAAUGUAGGAUUAUAUUCAACCUACUGGCUCAAUAAUGUUGACCCAGAAGUAGCAGCUGGUAAAGGAAGGGAUGUUUUCAUAUAUUCAGUAUGAAAAAAUUGUUCACUAUUGUAUUGUAAUGUAUAAAAAGAAAUUUGAGUUCCUAUUAGACAGAAAAGUUUCUUCUGCAUGUGUGACAUUACAUUUCUUGAUGAUAUGUGUGGAUGGAUUACUCUGUAAAUGGCAUUUUUUUCCUGUCAAAAAAAGCUCAUUUUAAAUUUUAUUUGUUUUCAACCUAAAAUACACUGCAUUAUGAGAUGCAUUUUUAAUAUUCAAAAAAAAACAUGUCAUUUUAUUUUAAAGGUAAUGUCACUUUAUGUUAAAUCUAACAUGUUUUUUUUUAGCUUUUCUUGGAAAGUAAGUAAAAUGGCAGUGUGAAAUGAAA